UGAAGUUAAAACUCUCCAGAAGUCACCCUACUUGUAACUUGCUUGUUGUGAGGUCCAAGCUAUGCUGGCGAAAACUGAGGAAAGGAAGCCACAGAAAGGAGGAGGAAAGAAGAGAAGACAUCCUGGUGGAGAUGGAGAAGGAGAGGAGAAGAAGAGGAGGGGAGGCAAAGAAGGAGAAGCGGGUCAGGGAGACGGCGGCAGGAAGCGCCUGGAUGCCCUGAGUGUGGGCUAUUUCCGCCGAGUUGGGGAGAGACUCAGUGAAGCUUUUGAGGAUAAUGAGGAGAAAGAGAUGUUUGUGGAGAACGUCCUAACAGAGGUUAAAGGUAAAGCGUCGGUGGUGGCGAUGGACCGGACAGGAAGCAUCACUCUGCAGCGGCUGCUCCCGCUCUGCAGUCUUGAUCAGGUGGCGGAGGUGCUCACUGAACUGGGUGGAGAAUUGGGAACAGAGUUUAAGGCGGUCUCUUGUGACCGGUGCGGCGGUCAUGUAGUGGAGAGUGCAGUCAGACAGAUAUCCAGGUGGAGCGAGUUGGCACAGAAGGAGUCAUCUGCCACCACAGAAGAAGAAGAGACCUGUGGAGCGUUGGAAGCCCAGGUGUUGUCUUUAAGUCAGGUGGUGAGAGACAACUGCGCAGAGUUCAUCAGACAUGUCCAUGGCUCACACGUGGUCCGCACACUUUUACACGUGCUGGCAGGCUGUCUGGGACCACCCCGCACUGAGGCCCGUCCAGGUGCAAAAGAACGCAACGUUGCUCCUCAGCUGACAGACUUUGAGAUUCCAACGUCAUUUUGGUACGAGCUGAAAAACCUCACAGAGGCCUUGAUGGACAACGUUAAUA